UAGUCUGAAACAAAGAGGAGUAGAACUCUUCUUUAUUGGGUGAUAUUGUAAAAUUUAGUUUCGAGCUGCUCGUCAAUCGUCAUCUUCUUCCUCCUCCGCUGGCUUCUGCUUUCAACCGCCGAGUUCUAAAUUCUGAUUGCCUUCUCCUCCUCCUCCUCCUCCUCCUCCUCCUCCUCCUCUUCCUCCUCCUCUUAAAACCCUAAAUCUCCUCCUCCAACAAAACCACCAUCGUCUAGUUUUAUCACCAUUUCUAGCCGGUGCCGCCUCCGUCAACCACCUCUCCUUCGCCGCCGUUGCUAUUCUCGGUUUUGACGACAGUGCACGUUGAUAAUUGUAGUUGAAAGUCAUAUUACCUUUUAUUCGGAGGGGAAAAGAGCAAUAAUUUAAGGGCAUAAGAAGUUCAGUUUGAUUGAAUUAAUUUUUUUGUAUAAUUUGUGAGUUUGAUUAAACAAGAAUUUGCGCAGUCUCUUUUUUCUGAAUUCCGGAGCUCGGGGAAUGUGGUGGUGGUUUUGUUGAUGAGAAGAUAGUGUAUUAGGCUUUUAUUUAUAUUUUAUGUUAGUAUGGAAAACUUUGAAAAUGGACCUUUUCUCCCUGUGCCCAGGGCAGGCGUCCCUCCUGUCCUAGCUCAGGGACGGACCUUGACUCAACCCCAGGAAAUGGCUCAAAAGUAUAAUCAAGCUGCACAAGUUCCGGUGCAUUCCAAUGCCCGUGUUGUGAACCAAGGGACUAGUAGUAAUAGUAUUAGUGCCGCUGUGUCUUCGUCUGUUGGUGCUGCUGCAACUGGUUCUGCGACUACAAAGAAGGGUCAAAGCAAAAAUUCUAGUAAGCCUCAAAGUUCUUCUGGAACUGGUGGUGGUACUCCGUUUAAGACGAUGGAGCUUGCUCCGGCUGCUCGUAGGAAGAAGAGGAAGGUUUCGGAGAAGAAAUUACCGGAUAGAGUGGCAGCCCUUUUGCCAGAAAGUGCUCUUUACACCCAGCUAGUAAAAUUGGAAGCCAAGGUUGACGCUGCCAUUGCUAGAAAGAAAUCAGACAUUCAGGAUACAGUAACAACACCUCCUUGUGCUCAGAGAACGCUUCGUAUUUAUGUGUUCAACACUUUCGCCAAUCAGCCACUUGAAAGUGGUGAAAGCAAGAGCUCCGAAGUGCCAACUUGGACGCUUAAGAUUAUGGGGAAUAUGUUAGAAGAUGGGGGUGAUUCUAGCUCUGACAGUAUGGUUAAUAGGUCUAUUCAUUACCCAAAGUUCUCGUCGUUCUUCAAGAAGAUAACAAUUUACUUGGAUCAGACCCUUUAUCCCGAUAACCAUGUAAUUUUAUGGGAAAGUUCUCGUUCUCGCGUGCUUCAUGAAGGGUUUGAGGUUAAAAGGAAGGGAGAUAAGGAAUUUACAGCAAUUAUAAGGCUUGAAAUGAAUCAUGUUCCCGAGAAGUUUAAACUAUCAGCUGCUCUUACUCAAGUCCUUGGAAUUGAGGUAGAAACUCGUCCAAGGAUCAUGGCUGCAUUAUGGCACUAUGUGAAGGUUAAGAAGUUGCAGGACCCGGACGAUCCAGCAGUUUUUACAUGCGAUCCACCUCUUCGGAAAGUGUUUGGAGAAGAAAAGGUUAAGUUUGCUGUGGCUUCACAGAAGCUUACUCAACAUUUAUCUCCUCUGCAACCCAUACAUUUGGAGCAUAAGAUUAAGCUUUCUGGAAACAAUCCAAGUGGAAAUAUUUGUUACGAUGUGCUAGUCGAUGUUCCCUUUCCUUUAGAGAAAGAUAUGUCUGUACUCCUGGAAAAGAUGGAUAAAAGCAGAGAAAUAGAUGAUUAUGACAAUUCCAUUGUUGCUGCUAUAAAGAAGAUCAAUGAGCAUCGACAAAGGCAGGCCUUUUUCCUUGGAUUUAGUCACUCACCUGCAGAGUUCAUCAACUCUUUGAUUGAUUCCCAGGAUAGAGAUUUGAAGGUUGUUGCUGGUGACGCUAUUCGUAAUGUUGAGAAAGAACAUCGAAGUGAAUUUUUCAACCAACCUUGGGUUGAAGAUGCUGUUAUCCGUCACUUGAAUCGCAAAAAUGCCAGCGCGGGUGAUGUUGCAGGAACUACAUGAUAAUUAGACCUCUAUUUUUGGUGUAAAAAGGUUAACUUGAGAUGCUUUUUGUUCAAAUUUACAAGCACCUUAGAGUAGUUUCUACUUUCUAGUUAAUUUGUCAAUAUUUAUCACAGGCAUGAAACUUUUAGGACAACAACUAGCAGAGAAAGUUGAGUAUGACUAGCACAUUAGCACAUCCAAAGCCCUAAUAUCUUUUACCAGCUCUGGUUAGGAUAGAAGUUUAGUGUUAGUAUUUAUCAUAGGCCUCAUUCUGAUGAUGCCGUUGUCAAAGAACUAUCUAGUUUAUUUUUUGCCGUUUCACAUCUUGGAUGUGACGAGCCUCUUAAUGGUGUUGGAUUGUAGGAAUUGUGAUUCUUUUGCUAUCAAUGGAAGAGGUACAACCGUACAAGUGCUUUGUUUCA